AGAAUGCGAUGCCAGGGCGCCACCUUCUGUACACCCCUCCUAUGGGCCCAUACGAUGAAGAUCCGGGCAUCAUGUCGGAAGUGGAGACAUCGGCGACGGGCUAUAGAACCAUUAGAGCUCCAAAAGCUCCUCGUAUAGCUUCUUUCCCCCCACCUGUAGGACGUGGAGGCAAACCUCCACCUCACCUGCCUGAUAGACAUCUUAUGGGUCCAGUCUCGCCGCAGCUUAGGCACGAAAAUUUAACUUUAGGUUUAGUGUUCCUUCAGUAUCGCAGCGAAACAAAACGUGCCCUCCUGCCGAACGAGAUCACCACAUUAGAUACAGUAAAAGCCUUGUUUGUGCGUUCCUUUCCUAAGCAGUUAACCAUGGAGUACCUGGACUCCCCCCAUAUACGCAUAUACAUCCAUGACCCCGCAAAAGACAUGUUCUACGAGCUAGAAGAUUUAGGGGAUAUACGGGAUCGAUCAGUACUUCGAAUCUAUGAACAGGAACCUAAUGGAGAAGUGUACAGUACCUGGGAAGGUGAGCUGAGCUACUUCUCCGAGCCCGAGUUCGAUUCCGAGUAUCAGAAUCAGCACAUACAUAGAGCGAAGGGUGCCGCGGGAUAUUAUGGAGCCGCCGGUCUCAGUGCCUAUUGCCCCUUGGCAACACAAACAUUACCUCCUGGUCCCUAUUCCCCGCCAGAUAGAACAAAACCUCCUAUUGCUUAUGCUCAAACCCUGCCAUGGGGCGCACAUUUAACGUAUGCUCCUGCUGGCCCUCCAAGUCCAGAAAGGCGCCCUAAAGAAAUUCUUAUACCACCCGGCGUCAUGCAACCUCCUCCGAAGCCUCAACGGUCUUUUCAACAAGGGGGAACCUUACCUAUAGGAAAAGGAAUAAGAUGCACACCUCCACCUCCUACAGGUCCACCCCCUUCUAUACCAUCCCCCCGCUCAGGCAUGCCCAGGCCAAUGGAAACAAGAGUGCCUCCAUAUCCACGUUACGGUCCUGAAAGAAGACAUGAACCUCAAGGUGGAUAUCGGCCUCCUCCUGAGAGGCCUUUCUCUGCCGGGGCUCAACCCAUCUACACAGUAUCCCCCGAAAGGCACUACGAGCCUACCUACCGCAAGAGCUUUGAUGGAGGCGGAUAUCUGUCUUCGCCCGAAAGGCGCUACGAGCCUGCCAGGGCUUUUGCCGCGGCGGCGGCUGCUGCUGCCCCGAUAUCUCCGUACGAGGAACCCUAUUACAGCGGCACGGAGAGAAUAUAUGGGACUAGAUCAGGAUCUGUGACGCCUGUCGUUGACGAAGAAGCAAGCUUUUCCGACAGGAAUGACACCUUUUUUGACGAGAAUGAAACCAUUUCAGCAUAUAGUAAUUCAUAUCAUAUCAAGACGAUGUUAGAUCAGGGACUUCGAGUAGAACAUAUGGAGCGCCAGUUGGCAAGCCUUACCGGAUUAGUUCAAAAAGCGUUGUCUACACCUCUUCGGCCACCCUCUCAAUCACAACAGAUCCCCACUAGAGACAUCACUAAGGAAAGAGGUCAAGGAGAAGGAUACUCUGAAGCACGAUCUUCUAAGUCUUCUUCCUGUACGUCGUUAGCAGAUGAAAAUUCUGAGCCCCAGUUAGAACACCACUCAUCUAAAUAUUCUUUUAAAGAAGAAAAGUCUGUGUCGUUCUCGGACGAAACCACCACCGUCAGCUCACCCGUCCAUCAGAAGCAACACUCCCCUCAACACGCAGCUGAAAGACCUGUGAAACCAGCCAUCAAGUCCUCCCUCUCUCUUCGUAGUCAGCAUUCCUCAGAUGUUGAUUCUGUUCCUACUCAGUUACACCCUCCCGUAGUUAAAGUAACCUCAGCAGAUAGGGAAACCCGAUCAAAGCCACCCCCUCCACCCAAGCCUAGUUCCCUUUCCGAAAGGCAUUCAAGUUCCCCACCUACUAGAGGUAAAUUUCGGGUAAGCGUGGAAAUGUACAGUCAGCUGAGGCAUCUGAGGAGACAAACGAAGGACCUGAGGCUGGAAGUGCGGAAUUUGAGGAGGAUAGCGCAGUCUCAAGCCAUCACUGCCAAAGAAACCGUUAGAGAAACCUGCCUUAAAAUAAAGACGAUGCUGGCGGCGGCGCAGAUGGGUGAAGAACACGUUUGUGCAGAAAGGCUGAAAGUUUCGAGAGAAGAAGAGCUUUAUCGGCAAGACGUCAAUCACUUAGAAAGGGAUCUGCUAGAGUUGGAGAGUCAAGUAGAGGAGCUGAGAGGUAGCGUCAUCAAUCGAAAAUGUCGGGUGAACCUCGGUGAUGUCGAAGGAAUGGCGCUGGUUCUCAGUAGAGCGAGUAAAGCAGUAGCUGAACUCAAAGCUCGGUUCCCUGCUUUACAAGAAAGCUUAAAAACUAUAAUGGCCGUCGAAAUGGAAGUUGUGGUUCGUGAAGAAAAGUUCCUUAAAGAUGAACCUGAAAGACUUGAAAAUGCCUUAAAACGUUGCAAAAAGUUGACGGGUACGCUAGUCACCUUGAAGCGACUGGCUUCCGUUCAAGAGCAGCGGCACACUGUAGGUCAUCACCUGCCCGAGAAGUCGCAUUCCGCCGACGGACCUCACUCCGACGGAGAAAUGCACUCAGCCAAACCUAGGGGCAGGGUGAUGUCCUCACUGCCUUUGCAGAGCCAAAGUUUGGACGGAGGAACUCACACUGUCAUUCACGUUCCACCUGAUGGUCAUACGAAACAACAGACAGCAUUAGACGCAUUGCUGAGUGAACUGCAGACUUUCAACCUUCCUGCCGAGCAAAAAACUCAGCGAGAUAACAUACCAGGAUUGCUUGGGCCUCAAAGGCGCUUGCCUUCCUACCCCAGUGCUGAUUCUCCAGUUCGAUCUCCUAUACACGGUAUGCCACAGGCACGUUCCCCUACAAAUCUUGACCCUGGUGCCAAGACACUACUAGUUACUCCCACUGCCAAUCGUUUAUCACCAACACCUCAACAGCCCGAACGGAAACCUUCCCCGACACAAUUAACAGUAAAAACUAUAGCUGAAGUCCUCACUAAAAAAGUUCCUCCUCCCCCUCCGCCCCGCACAACAAGUCGAUCUCCAGUCACUUCUCCCACCGAGGCAGCCACUGUGUCCAAAUCUGCGCCUCUACGCUCUGCCCUAGCAACACGCAAUCCUCCACCCCAGCGAAGCAGUUCUGUUCCUACACCUAGAGGUUCCACCCAUCCUACUCUCAGGCAGACUGCUUCUACCAGAGCAUCUUCCAGAGAUCGUUACGAUCCACCAUCAGUGAGCAUCAAAGAACCUCUAGCUCCUCUGAGCUCAUCAUCCAAGGAGAGUAUCGUGAGGACAUCAGCACUCAAUGAUGAGCCGCCUCCUCGUGAGCAGCUUUCAAGCAAUAGUAGCAGCAGUGAGAGUGUGAACUCACAAGAAGGUCUACAGAUGGCGCUACAAGCAGCCAAGGCUGAGAAGGAUAAAGUGAUACAACUUUUGAAGAAUGAAUUACGAGAUGAAGUAUUUGCGGCUUCCCAGGGAAAAAAGUCGGGUCAGGGUCCAAAGAACCGACAGGAACUUCUCGAAGCACGCCAUCAGGAAUUACUGAAAAAACAAAAGCAACUCCAGGAGCAAUAUACUCGUCUACAACAGAUUCAGCGAAAUCAAGUCUUUUCUCGUCUCGGUGGCAAGACCGGGGAUCUUAAGAAAACUGGUAGCGAGUCCAACAUUCUUUCUAAAGCUGGACUACUAUCAUUGACCACAGCUUCCGGAUCAAUGCAACAUCUUGCUGUUACAGGGUCUAUUUCGAAUCCGAUCACCGGGUCAAAGUCAUCUCCAUCUUCUUCUCCGAACCCUAGUAAAGGUGGUGCUCACAGUCCCGCGAGUAAAAUAUACGAGACCGAUAUUCUUUGAAUUCAUAAAUUGGUAGUUUUUCUUAAAGAAAGAAAAACCGAGAGAUGUAUUUUCCUAGCAUUCAUCGACACUAUUAGAGCGGCAGACAGCAUAUAGCUGCUAAGCCUAACGUGUCGUCAUGAGGAGUUUUGAAAUAAAACACACUUUGAAGACAAGUUAUAUAGAAAUUUUUAACAUUACGGAUAUAAAGAAAUUGGAGGCUAAUUUCUGAUACAGAAAUAUAUAAAUAUAUACAAAUAUAUAUAUAUAUGAACUUUGCAGGGGCGCUUUUUCCAUUUAUUGUAAUGACUCUUUUAGACUUUAGCUGAUAAUUUGAUAGAAUACUUUUUUAAGAAAACAAGAUUUUCUUUUGCUUUUGAAACCAAUUCUGGGAAAAAUAACCCACCGUCGCUUUAGGAAAUUUAGUUCUUUUAUUGAAUGUCAAGUAAUUUAAAAAAUACAGAUUCUUUUCUUAGAUGAAUAACUUGGUUUAACACUGACUUUAGUCACAGAAGCAAAUAAGCCUGCGACCCUUCUAUACAUUUUAAAUCCCCAAACAGAAAUUGUGCCAAAACCAAACAAGGUGUGAGAGCUCGCUAAACUUUGAUUUGAAUAUUAAAUCUGGACUUAGUUAUAUGUUAAAAUAAGUGUCAAUAACUAAUUAGUCUGAGUCGCGACGGUUAAGGGGCUGAGAUGCCAUUGUGAAUGUACGGGGUUCUGUUCCUGGUGGUGACUUGAAGCCCACCCAACUUCUGAUCGAUAAAUACCAGCUUGUCUAUGAAGUGAAGGCGGCCAGUGCUGACCUCAUUUCCACCAUCAUGCUGUUUAAUACUUGAAUGUGUGAAACCCUAUCUUCUAUGACCUCCCUGUUUGACAACUGCCUAAUUAGUCAUUACACUUAUUUUUUUCAUGAAAUAUUUAACAUUAUUUUUAUGAUGAAGAUUGAAUAUGAAUUACACAGAGAUCAAAACUAUUGUUGUGUUUUAUUAUCGUAUUCUAGUCUAAAAAAAGUAUUAUAUGUUGUUGAUGUAUCAAAAAAAUAUGAGAAAUUCUUGUUAUGUCUAAGAACGUCCUUUAAUAACAUUUAUGUGAUUUAAAUUGCUUUUUUAAACUCCAAAUCAUUUGUAAUGGCUGCGUAAAAGACGGAUCUGCAUUUCUACGAAUCGACAACCAAACACACACAGUACCCGCUUCCAAAUAUUUAUACCCUCAUUCCAGUUAACUUACGGUGCUACCGCCAGGAACGGGGACUGUUUUUAUACUUGACGCGAGAUGUUCUUUUAUAAAAAUAACAAAAGUAAAUAAUAUGUCACUACAACAAAAUAUUCUUCAGCGGCGAGAUUUGUUUUUUCCGAAUUCGCCAGCUUGUGACGAGGGAUCUUUAUAGGAGAAAAGUUCCAGUUUUGUAGCUAGUUAAAGUAUCUCCGUUUACUGUCACCAGGAGAAGUUUUAUACAUAGGCAAAAAAACUAACUAUGAAAAAAUACGUUAAAUGACAAAAUCAUUUUUCUAGAAAAGCUUUUCCUGCUCUUCCACUAAAUUUGUUCAUUCAGUUUUCGCUCUGUCGAGAGUUAACAAAUGCAGAAAUAUUUAAUGAUCUUAAAUAUAAUUUGAUAAUUAUUUCGCAUUUCAUUAUUUCAGAUUGAGUAGAAACUUUCUUCUUUUAUCAGAUUGAAGUAUCACCCUCACAUUUAAAGUGCAAAAUUAGAUUUUUAAUUUAGCAUAAUUUAUAUGUUCUGUUCUAUUUAUAGCAUAAUUUCAAUCCAGAAGAAACUUUCAAAUCAACUUAAUACCAUUUCAACCCAGUGCAACUCAGGUGUAAAAUGUUUUUGAGAAUAAUUUUGGCCUUUGUCUUUUACUUUAUAUUGGACCUCGCUCUAAAUUAUACUCAUAUGAGUGAUAUUAUAAGUGAUUUUUAUCAUUUCUCGAUAAUUCAGAAUUUUAUUUUAAAAAUUGAAGUCAUUAGAACUUACAUUAUAAAUAGUGUACACUGCUUGUGAGGCUUGCAAGAAAAGAACAUAAAAAUAGAAAAAAAAUUCGAAUUUUUGCAAACCGAUAUUGCGGAUAAAUCAAUUUUUAAGUAAAAGUUUCGUCUAGAAAAUAGAUUAUAACUAUCACUUAAACUUCUAAAGUAAUAAGAUUGGUAAACUAAUAACUAUAGUAUUGAUGACUACUAAACUAUUUCUAAAUACAUUACCCUUUAUAUUACGUAUUUAAGACUAAAAAUGCCAAAGGUUUAAAAAAAAAAUGUGAUAAUGAAUUAAUUUUCAUAUUCUGGGAAGCUUAAACCAUGAAGGAUUCCUUUACCAAAAUUCUGAUCUCGACAGUUCAGAACUAUUGCGACAGCAGGGAAAUUAUUCGAGCUCAAUGUUCGAAAGAAGAAACAGCUACUCUCUGUCCACCUUAAGAAGACGGUUGACUUUUGAAAAGCUCAUUUCAACGCGGGGGUGUCAUUGCGUUGUAGAAUUGGUAUUGGCGCAAAGCUUUUCCCCCGUCAUCUAUCGUUUCCUGUAUCUUCCUUCGCAACCUCUGUUUCAACGAAUGGACUCGUACCAUUUUGUAGCUUUCAAUCGUCUUCUUACUGUGAACAGGCAGUAUUGUGUGGCUGUUAAGAGAACUCCUCCAGACAUCAGUCUCACGCGGUGGCGGUUACUAUGGUUACGAGAGUGAGUCACUUCGGAUAGGGGUGUGGAGUGAAGAGUGUUGACUUGAUCUUAAAACAAGUCUGCUCAAGAAUCUUUGUUUUGAGAAAUUGACUUCUUUAUUC